AUGAGACAUGUCAGGUGGACAGUGUGGAUCAUGUGGACCAUAAUUGGUCUCUCAGAAGGAGGUGCUCCUAAGCAGACUUCUAUGUCAUGUGAUUCUGCUGGUAUCUGUGAUGGCCAUUCCAGGUCCUUGGGGACCAUUCCUUCAAGUCUGACAGAGACUGUGAAACAGUUAGACCUGUCCUUCAAUCAGAUCUCAUACAUCAAAGAAACAGACCUUCAGAUCUGUGUCAACCUAGAAGUUUUGCUGUUACAGUCCAACCAAAUCCGUGCAAUAGAUCCAAAUGCCUUUCGAUCCCUGGAAAAUCUGAAACAUCUGGACUUAUCUAACAAUAGUUUGCUCCACUUGUCACCCUCCUGGUUUAAUUCUCUCUCUUCCUUGCGUGUUCUACACUUGCAGGACAAUCCUUACCCACGGCUUGUGCAAGGUCUUUUUUCUCAGCUUCCCAGUUUGAGAAUUCUCAAAGUGGGGAACAAUAUCAGCUUCUCUGAACUUCAGAAACAAGACUUUGAAGGGAUGAGUAUGGUGGAGGACCUUGAGAUUGAAGCAGAUUACUUGAAAAAAUAUGAGCCAGGAAGUUUGAAGUUUAUUCACAAUAUAAGUCAUCUGACUCUCAGCAUCAAGAGGCCAAUUUUACUACUUGAUAUCAUGAUUGACCUUGCAGAUUGUUUGCAGCAUUUGGAAUUGAGAAAUAUUGAUCUGGAAAACUUCCAUUUUUCACUGCCUUCUAGUGUUUCCAAUGCACUGAUUGAGAAGAUUACAUUUAGAGAGGCACAAUUCUCAGAUAGAAGUUUUAUUGAAAUUCUUAAAAUGUAUUCCUUUGUUUCUGAAUUGUUAGAAAUUGUGUUUGAGGACUGUGAACUUAGUGGAGUUGGAGAUUGGGAAGAUGAGUUUUUAAGUGAAAUUAACGAUCAGGGAAAACUUGAAGCAAUCAUCAUACGGAGGCUACGAAUUAGAAACUUUUUCUUAUUUACUGACAUGAGACCUGUGUAUCCACUAUUAGGAGGAAUAAAGAGAAUCACCCUCACAAGUAGCAAAGUUUUCCUUGUCCCUUGUGACCUCUCAAGAAAUCUGAAAUCCCUCGAGUAUUUUGAUCUCAGUGACAGUUUGAUGAGUGAAAAUGCUCUAGAAAAUUCAGCUUGUGACGGAGCUUGGCCCACUCUGCACACGUUAAAUUUAAGUCAAAAUAAAUUCACAUCUCUGAAAACAGUGGGAGAAAUCUUGCAGACUGUGGAAACUCUAACUGACCUUGAUAUUAGCAAAAAUAGCUUUGAUUCUAUGCCUGACAGGUGUCAGUGGCCAAGGAAGUUGAAAUAUUUGAACAUCUCCAGAACAAAAACCUAUAUGGUAACUUCCUGUAUUCCCCAGACCCUGGAAAUCUUAGACAUCAGUAAUAACCAGCUCAGUGAUUUUCACUUAAAUCUGCCCCAUAUUAAAGAGCUUUAUCUUUCUGGAAAUAAGCUAAAGACUCUACCAGAUGCUGCUAAUUUCCCCAACUUGGUGGUAAUGAACAUCAGUCAGAACACAAUGCAUUCUUUCUCUAAGGCACAACUUGAAUCCUUUCAGACAACGGAAAGUUUGGCAGCUGGAGGCAACAACUUCAUUUGUUCUUGUGAAUUUCUGUCUUUUGUCCACAAAGAAGGAGUCCUGCUGGCUCAAAUCCUGACAGAUUGGCCAGAGAGCUACCUUUGUGAUUCUCCAUUUCAGGUAAGGGGCCAACGAGUUCAGGACAUUCAACUCUCCUUCUCUGAAUGCUACCGAGUGCAGCUGGUGUCUGCGAUCUGUUCUUCCCUCUUCCUGUUUGUCUUGCUGGCUGGGGUUCUGUGCUACCGGUUUCAUGGCAUCUGGUACCUAAAAAUGAUGUGGGCCUGGCUCCAGGCCAAGAGAAAACCCAAAAAAAUUAUAGACCAGGAGAUUUGUUAUGAUGCUUUUGUUUCCUACAGUGAAGGAGACUCUUACUGGGUUGAGAACUUCAUGGUCCAAGAACUGGAGAAUUUUGACCCCCCUUUCCGAUUGUGUCUCCACAAACGGGACUUUGUUCCUGGCAAGUGGAUCAUUGACAACAUCAUCGACUCCAUUGACAAGAGUCACAAAACGCUUUUUGUGCUUUCGGAAAGCUUUGUCAAGAGUGAGUGGUGUAAAUAUGAGCUGGAUUUCUCCCACUUUCGCCUCUUUGAUGAGAAUAAUGACGCAGCUAUUCUGAUCCUCCUGGAGCCCAUUGAAAAGAAGGCCAUUCCCCAGAGGUUCUGCAAGCUUCGCAAGAUCAUGAACACCAAGACUUACUUGGAGUGGCCCAGGGAUGAAGCUCAGCAAGAGGCAUUUUGGUUCAAUUUGAGAGCUGCUAUAAAGUCAUAGACACAUUUAAUAGGGCUCAAAACUUAGCUCUAUUAUUCCUUAGCUUGAAGGAAAUAGUAUAUAUCCCCCCCCUCCUAUUUUUCUGAACAAAGACUAAAUUCUCCCCAAUCUCUAAGGCUCUCUCUAGUGGGUUUUUAUAGCUUGUGGAGCUACAUUAGACCUUUGGGACUUUGAAGGCCUAAGGGAUUUUAUGUUGAUCUUAUAAGAUUGCUUGUACACAUCCAGAUAGAGUGCUGCCUAGGUCACUUGAUUUCCUGAUAUAAAUCAUGAUCAAUAUUAUUAUUAUUAUUUAAUCUGGACCAUUUGCCUAAGUUGAUUAGACACUACUGCCAAUAUUCCAAUCCAAGAAUCCAGGGUUGUUACAUUAAAAAAAAAAUAGUGUGAAUCACUCCAUUUUGCGCUUUAUCCAAGGUUUUAUAAAGUUAUAUCUCAAACUCAAUUGAUUUUAAGUCACAAAGAUUACUCCUUCUCCCAACUGUCAUCCAACUUAAGGAAUGUCACCAAAACUACCUCUCUCCGUCUUACCUCAGAAUUUCUUGAUCUCAUGCAGCAAUAAGAAACCAAGCCCCUUAAACCCUACAUUUUGAUUUUCACUUCUUUCAAGAUGUAUGUUAACUUGUAGAAACCAAUGGUCUUGUUUCUUAUGCUACAGAGAAGCUGGAUCCAAUUUGUUUCUGCAACCAUAUGUCUUUCUAAAUAAAUCAUUUGUCUAGUUGAUA